GUCAAGAACAAGGAAUAAUGAUAUUUAUUAUACUUAUACAAAGCAUUAAUUAAAUGCCUUCUAAAAUUCUUAAAAAAUAUUGUGGUGAUGAUUAAGAAUGAAAAUAUAAAUAUUCCACAACAUGUCAUCGUGCACGUUUAUAAACAUAUAACCUUCCCCUGCCAGUUGUUUGUGUUUAACAUAUUUGAACUUGGAAUUUGAAGUUUUUGUUACUUGAAAUGAUAUCAUUGCGUUAAAAGAUUGCCCUGAACCAUAUUAAAUGGUAAUAUUGACUGUUUUUUUUUGUUAGAAAACCUUUGUAUGGUCAGAAGUGUGAAGAGGUGUUUCAGUGCUUACAAUACUCUUUUGAAUCAAAAUGACUAAUUCUAUAGAAAUCCCUUUAAAAGACACAGAUGAGGUCAUCGAGCUGUGUUUUGAUCAACUUCCAGAUGGAGAAGAAGUGCUUAGCAUUCUUCGGCAAGAAAAUGCGCAACUUCAUAUAUGGGUGGCUUUGGCGCUGGAAUACUACAAGCAAGGAAAUAUCAAAGUAUUUCUUGAAAUGUUGGAAUCAUCACAAGUGGAUGCAAAUAUCAAUUACAGAGAUUUUGAAAAAGAUCAAAUGAGGACAUUAGAUAUGUUGGCUGCUUAUUAUGUUCAGCAAGCUAACCGAGAGAAAAAUAAAGACAAAAAGCGGGACUUAUUCACCAAAGCUACUGAUUUGUAUACCACAGCUGAUAAAAUUAUAAUGUACGAUCAGAAUCACUUGCUUGGAAGAGCAUAUUUUUGCCUACUUGAAGGUGAUAAAAUGGAACAGGCUGAUGCCCAAUUCAAUUUUGUCUUGAAUCAGUCGACAAACAACAUUCCAUCCCUUUUGGGGAAGGCUUGUAUCGCAUACAACAAGAAGGACUUUCGAGGUGCCUUGGCGUUCUACAAAAAGGCACUUCGGACAAAUCCGAAUUGUCCUGCUGCUGUUCGUUUAGGAAUGGGACACUGCUUUAUGAAACUUGGAAAUCAGGAAAAAGCUAGGUACGUUGCUCACUUCUUUCAUUUUGCACUGCUAUUUGAUAUUACUGAACCAAAUGAUUAUUACAAAGUUCAACAUUUGGCCUUACAUGCUUUUCAUAACACAGAAAAUGAGGCGAUGAGGGCUGAAAGUUGUUACCAACUGGCGAGGGCCUUCCACGUUCAGGGAGACUAUGACCAUUCAUUUCAGUACUAUUACCAGGCUACUCAGUUUGCACCACCUAUGUUCGUUCUUCCCCAUUUUGGACUUGGCCAGAUGUAUAUAUACAAAGGAGAUACUGAAAAUGCAGCACAGUGUUUUGAAAAAGUUUUAAAAGUUCAGCCUGGAAAUUAUGAAACUAUGAAGAUUCUUGGUUCUUUAUAUGCCAACUCCCAAAGUCAGUCUAAAAGAGAUAUUGCAAAAAACCAUCUAAGAAAGGUUACUGAACAGUUCCCUGACGACGUAGAAGCUUGGAUUGAAUUGGCACAGAUCCUGGAACAGUCAGACUUACAAAGUUCCUUGCAAGCCUAUGGAACAGCCACUAAAAUCCUGAAGGAAACUGUCAAUGCAGAAAUACCUCCAGAAAUAUUAAACAAUGUUGCUUGUCUACAUUAUAGACUUGAAAACCUGGACGAAGCUAAAAAAAAUUUUGAAGAAUCUCUAAGCCGUGCGAGAGCUGAAGCUGAACAUGAUCCACAAUAUUACAAUUCCAUUGCAGUUACAACGACAUACAACUUAGCCAGGCUUAAUGAAGCUCUCUGCCAGUUUGACAAAGCAGAAAAACUUUACAAAGAUAUCCUCAAAGAACAUCCGAACUAUGUUGAUUGUUAUUUGAGAUUGGGCUGUAUGGCUAGAGACAAAGGUCAGAUUUACGAGGCUUCCGAUUGGUUUAAGGAAGCAAUGAGGAUUGACAAUGACCACCCUGAUGCUUGGUCACUGCUGGGUAAUCUUCAUCUUGCCAAACAAGAGUGGGGGCCUGGUCAAAAAAAAUUCGAAAGGAUUCUGAAGUGCCCAGCUACAUCAACAGAUGCAUAUUCUCAGAUUGCACUUGGAAACGUUUGGCUGCAGACACUUCACCAACCUUCAAAAGAAAAAGGGAAAGAUAAAGUUCGUCAAGAACGUGCUUUAACCAUGUACAACAAGGUGCUACGUAAUGAUCCAAGAAAUAUAUGGGCUACUAAUGGGAUAGGAUCUGUUUUGGCACAUAAAGGUUAUAUUAAUGAGGCAAGAGAUAUAUUUGCUCAAGUAAGAGAAGCAACAGCUGAGUUUUGUGAUGUUUGGUUGAAUAUUGCACACAUUUAUGUCGAACAAAAACAGUAUGUCAGUGCAAUUCAAAUGUAUGAAAACUGUUUAAGAAAAUUUUUCAAGUACAAUCAUGUUGAAGUGAUGUUGUAUCUUGCACGAGCUUGUUUUAAAGCUGGAAAAUUGACUCAGGCCAAGAACAUUCUACUUAAGGCUCGACGUGUAGCUCCACAAGACACGGUUCUUCUUUACAACAUUGCUCUUGUAUUGCAACGACUUGCUACACAGAUUCUGAAGGACGAUAAAUCAACAUUGGACAUUGUGCUUCAAGCAGUACAUGAACUUAGUUUAUCACAAAAGUACUUUCAAUAUCUGAGCGUUUAUGGAGACCGAAUGAAGUACGAUGUUGCCGCUGCAGGAGCAGAGGCGAGGCAGUGCCAGGACUUAUUGUCACAGGCUCAGUACCACGUGGCGAGGGCCAGAAGGACAGAUGAAGAAGAGAGGCAGCUGCGAGCUAAGCAAGAAGAAGAACGUGCUGCCUUCAGGCUGAAGCAAUUGCAAUUACUGAAAGAUCAGGAAGAAAAAAGGAAGCGAGAAGAAGAAGAAAUGCUUGCUAAAAGACAAGAGUACAAAGAAAAGACUAAGGGAGCUUUACUGUUUGGCGAUAUGCCUAACGAAAAGAGACCAUCGAAAGGUCGUGGCCGAAAGAAUCAAGACAUCAUUGCCACAGACUCUGGUAGUGAGGGAGGAAGGAGUCCAUCAGACAAUGUCAGGGAAAAAGACAAAAAAGGAAAGAAAGGAGGAGGUAAGAAGAGGAAACAAAAAGAAAAGAGAGGAAGUGACAGCGAGAGUGGUGGCAGUGAUAGGCCUAAAACUAAACGAAUCAAGAAGAACAAGGCACGUAUUUUUAUUUUGUUUCUUUUUAAGGAAGGCGGUGGCAGGAUAAAGAAAGGUGGAGGUAAAGGUGCUAAGAAACAACAGAAGGAAGAGAGGUUGUCUGCCAAACAGAGGUUAAAGGUCGUUUCCAAGGCUACUAUAUCAACUAGUGAAUCUGAUAGUGAUAGUGAGAAGCUCAAGAUAGCUAGCAGAUCGAAUUCUCGUUCAAGAUCAAGGUCUGGAUCAAGAAGUAAAUCCGGUUCUAGAUCUCGCAGUGGAUCAAGAGCCAGUCGUGCUUCAAGAUCUAGGUCUAGAAGUGGGUCCAGAAGUCGUUCCGGAUCAAGAAGCAGAUCCAAUUCUCGCUCACGGUCAAGGUCUGGAUCAAGAAGUAAAUCUGGUUCAAGAUCUCGCAGCGGUUCUAGAGCCAGCUCUGCUCGUCGUUCAAGGUCUAAUUCUCGCUCAAGAUCUAGGUCCAAAUCAGCAUCGAGAUCAAAGUCAAGAUCGAGGUCAAAGUCAAGAUCAAGAUCUAGGUCAAAAUCAGGUUCAAGAUCGAGGUCUGGCUCUAGGAGUAGUGGUUCAAGGAAAUCAAGGUCACGUUCUCCCAGUGGUUCGAGGGCAAGCUCUAAGCAGCGCUCAAGAUCUGGAUCUCCGAAGGAGAAUGGUUCAGGUAAAAUUCAUUGAUUUGACUUAUUUUAUUAUCGUUAUUUCAUCUCUGCUCAUUUUUUUAUGGUUUAAUUUUUUGUUUUUUGCCAUCUACCAAUAUAAUAAUGAUAAACAGAGUGUGCACGGAAAGUGGAAAAUUUGGAAGAGUCAUUCCCUUCUAAAAUUUACAUUCUUCAAUCAUCACUCAUUUAAUCCUUUCCGUUCUAGCACAUUUUCUGGUCUCUCAUUCUAUUUCUAGGAAUGAUCUAACGAAUUGAGGAAUAAGUUAAUGUAACCAUUAAUCAAUGGACAAUAGCUACUCUGAGUACCAAGCACUGAGUAUUUUAUUUAAAUAUUAGCUCUGUCUGAGAACUGAGGAAUUUAAGGACUAAGUACUUAAGUUGAUGAUUGUCAAUCAAUUGAAGUUGUGAUUAAAUUUUUCAUAGUAAUUAAAGUUGAUUAAAAUUCUUAGUAUUCAGUACUCAAGAAUGGUUUUGGGCCUAUCUCUGAUGAUAAAUAAAUUCAAUCCCUU